AUGGAGCCCAUGUUAGGAACACCCCUGCUCGCAGCUGCUCGGCACGGUCACGAAGCGGUGGUGAAGCUCUUACUUGAGACCGGGCGUGUUGAUGCUAAUUCAAAGGACUCUAACUGUUUUACACCGUUAUUCCGAGCUGCGCAGGAGGGCCACGAGGCAGUGGUGAAACUUUUACUUGAAACGGGACAUGUUGAUGCGGAUUACAGGGGCCACCGCGGUCAAACACCCCUGCUCGCAGCUGUGCUGCGUGGCCACGCAGCGGUCGUGAAGCUCUUACUCGAGACUGGGCUUGUUGAUGCUGAUUCGGAGGAUGGCAUGGGUUGGACGCCAUUUAGCGCUGUAUCGAGCCGUCACGAGGAGGUGGUGAAGCUCCUACAGAUUCACUUCGCCAGGAAAGAGGGCGAAGCUCUUGGAAUCCAGCAGGUUGAUAAGUCAGGAAUCCGUAAAUAA